UAUUCCACGCCAACUGUGCGCCCACCCAUUCCCCAAUUUCCUACACAUAAAUACAUAAAUAAAUCAAAACCCUAGCAUUUCAAUUUCCUUACGAUUGGCUCUAAAUCUGCCCUCAUAUCUAUCCGAAUUCAACACUUUUGCUUCGACUUCACCUCUCAUCGAUCAGGUUUUGUCUAGACGGUUUUUUUUGGGUUUGUUGUUGUGCUCUCACGAUCUGCUUUUACGUCGGCGUGAGAGAUAAGGUAGGAAUUGUAGCUUGUUCUGGCGAUGGCGUCGAAGCGUAUCUUGAAGGAGCUUAAGGAUUUGCAGAAGGACCCUCCUACGUCAUGCAGCGCCGGUCCUGUUGCCGAAGAUAUGUUUCACUGGCAAGCAACAAUUAUGGGACCCUCUGAUAGCCCAUACUCUGGAGGCGUAUUUCUUGUUUCAAUUCAUUUCCCUCCUGAUUAUCCUUUCAAGCCACCCAAGGUUGCGUUUAGGACCAAGGUCUUCCACCCAAACAUCAACAGCAAUGGUAGCAUUUGCUUAGAUAUCCUGAAGGAGCAAUGGAGCCCAGCUUUAACAAUCUCUAAGGUGUUGCUUUCCAUCUGUUCCCUGUUAACCGACCCAAACCCUGAUGACCCUUUGGUGCCGGAAAUCGCUCACAUGUACAAGACUGAUAAGUCAAAAUACGAGGCGACUGCUCGUAGCUGGACACAGAAGUACGCAAUGGGGUGAGAUCGAUUGCAUCAUAUCAUAAUAUCAUGUGUUGGUUGGGUGGUUUUUUCAUAAUAAAAAUUGUUGGUAAGACCUCUCUCUGUCUCUCUCCGUUUUUAUUCUUCAAAGUGUUUGUUAAGAAGCUUGGCAAAUGGCAUAUUGAAUGAAACUCAAUUUGUGUAUAUUUGAUUUGAUUCUGAAGAAGAAAAAGGGAAAAAAAAUCGUAUUGUAAUGGUCAAGAUAUUUGCCUUUGUGGGUCCCUCUUGUUUAAUGGAUUAGAAACUUAUCUAGCUA